GCCUCCGCCGCUUCUCUCUAUAGGAGGGGGAGCGAGAGGUCUGUCCUCAUUUCGAUUGGAAAAGGCGGCGAUAGGAGCACGGUGUCAGAGAGAAGGAGAACACCCAGCUCCUGCAGCAACAUAUACACACACACACACACACAGAGCCGAGCUGUGGGACAUCCAGACCUACCCUUAACCCAGACCAGCUCCGGGACACAGCCUGAAUCCAGCAGCUCCUGGAGAUACCGAGCUCACCCACCCCGCGCCACCCGGCUCCGGGAGAGGACCCGUCCCCCCUCUCCGCCCCGCCACCCUUUCUCCAUUUGGAGGAGCAGCUCCGAGAGUCGCAGAGGGAAGACCCGCUCCCCCCGGACCGAGCGGCGGCGGCGGCAGCAGCAGCAGCUUCUGACUUUGACCAAGUGCAGCCGGACACCGACACAGAGAGAGUGAGUGUGUGUGGGGAGACUGAAGGAGACCGUAAACACACACAAACACAUUUGACAUCGGGAUUUACUCACUUUGCAGCGAUUUUUUUUCUCUCUCCCGAAAAAAUAUCCCUUCAGACGGUAGAACUGCUGAGCGUUUUUGUCUCUUUUUCCCUCCCCUUCGCUGCAGCAUUUCUCUUUUUUGAGCAUUUUGUUUUUGUUACCCCCGUGUCUGGUGUUAAUUCCCCCCACUCCCAGCGAAGGCGGAUAAGGGUAUUUUGGACGGCGGGGAUUCCACUUGGCGAUGCUGCUCUCUAAGAAGAUCGGAUCGUUUGCUCACAUCUGCAGCCCCGCCAGCAUGGACUUGCCGGUUAAAAUCCAGUUGCAGCAAGUGAAGGAGCGGGAGCCUUUUGAGAAAGUCUAUCAGAUCGGGGCAGUGCUUGGCAGUGGAGGUUUCGGCACCGUCUACAGUGGCGUACGGCUCAGUGAUGGGCUCCCGGUCGCUGUCAAACAUGUAGCCAAAGAGCGAGUGACCGAGUGGGGCUCACUGAAUGGCAAUCUGGUGCCUCUGGAGAUUGUGCUCCUUAAGAAGGUGGCUGGAGGAUUCCGAGGGGUGAUUAAAAUGCUGGAUUGGUACGAGCGAGGGGACGGCUUCUUGCUGAUCAUGGAGCGGCCGGAGCUGGUCAAAGAUCUGUUUGAUUUUAUCACUGAGAAGGGGGCCCUGGAGGAGGAGCUGGCCCGGGUCUUUUUCAGACAGGUCCUGGAGGCGGUCCGACACUGCUAUAACUGCGGAGUGAUUCACCGGGACAUCAAAGACGAAAAUCUGCUGGUGGAUCUUCGCUCCGGGGAGCUCAAACUCAUCGACUUUGGCUCUGGGGCGCUGCUCAAGGACACAGUCUACACCGAUUUUGACGGCACAAGAGUGUACAGCCCUCCUGAAUGGAUUCGUUACCAUCGAUACCACGGCAGAUCAGCCACUGUGUGGUCUUUGGGAGUGCUGCUGUAUGACAUGGUGUGCGGGGAUAUCCCCUUCGAACAGGAUGAAGAAAUUUUGCGUGGCCAAGUGUACUUCAGAAGGAGAAUUUCUUCUGAAUGUCAACACUUGAUCAAGUGGUGCCUUGCUCUGAGGCCUUCUGAGAGACCAAUGCUUGAACAGAUCUUUGACCAUCCAUGGAUGCGAAAGGCAGAAGUGGUUAAAACUGAAGACUGUGACAUCAGGCUGUUAAGCCUAGGCCAUGAGCACUCGAGCACAAGUUCAAGCAAGGAGAGUCUGUGAAUUAUGAAAAUGCCUCGCAGCAGGAGGGGAGCUGUACACUAAAGGACCCUGUGCUGGUGCCACCAGCUUGAUGUGGGAGGGGAAUGAUAGUUGAUUUGACAUCCAGACCAAUGGGGUUAGGGGGGUGGUGGGUGAAAUCUGACUGCUGGUUACUGCUCUGAACUAAUUAUUUUGUUUUCUGUUGGGAACAUUAGAGUUUGGGAGAAGCAGGCCAGUACUUGGCAACGAGUGACCUUUUUUUAAGCAAAAAGUGACCUCCAAACAAUGCAAACUCUGCUCUCAUAGAGCCUGGACUAAAUGUUCUUUGCUUUCUGAGUGCCUUUUGAAAGCUGCUUUAAUUCACUGGUGAUGGAAUACUUGAACACAUUCUAUUCUCCUUCUAUCUUUGCUGCUCAGAAUACUUCAGUCUGCACAACUAAAGGUGUGCAUGGGGAUGCCAAGAACCUGGUCUGUCAGCAAUGUUGGUUUUUCUUUUUUUUUUCCAAUAGUCAUCACAACCACUAGGCAGAAGGCCCUUUGAGUCUCUCUCCUCUUCCAUCAACCUGCGAGUUUCAUUUGUGGCCAAGGCAUGUCGGGGCAUGGUUGUAUGCACAAUCAAUGCAAUUCAAGGACACUUUCAAGACUGUAUAUUGUAUGAAAUGUAAAUUGUUUCAUUAUGUAUUAUAAUCUGGUUUUUAUUUAUUUGUAUUCUGAAAAGUUAGACUGUCCACACAUUUCAUGUGGCUAUUUAUUUGUUUAAUUUAUUUCAGAAGUUUCCAACACUGCUGUUCUGCUUCCAUGACACCUGUUUGGUUUGUCUAUGGUAUAUUUCUGCAUUCCUGUUUCCUUUUUCUGCAUAUUUUAACAUACUGUGCAGAUUUCAGUGAAUUGUCAUGCUAGUAGAAGGUGAAUGGAAGCUUGUCCAAAAGCUAUUCUUUUAAAAGGGCAAUAGAUGGAUUUUAUUUUCCUGACUUUGGCAUUUAACCAAGGUUCUUCAUGGCUGUUUGUAUUAGUGUAAAGUAAUACAGUUUGAAAGGUUUUAAAUUAUUGAAGUUGUACAAUCUCCAUCAUUGGCUUUAGGAAGGUAGAGUGGCAGUCAACCUUUUUUAAUUUAUUUCAAUAGCUGUGUUUUGUGCACUAGAUCUAGUUGCAUUUAUGCAGCUUGGAUUUGGGAGUUCUUUUCCAAUUUAGCUGUGUGAAAUAAAUGAUGGAUGGAGAACAUAUUUUUUUAUACGAGCAUUUCAAUUAAAGUUCACUUUUUGUACAUA